GCUUCGGGACGUCCCUCUCUCCUCUCUUUCUGUUUCUCCUUCCCUCUCUCCUUUCCUCCCUCGCCCCCGCGGCCCGGGUGGGACCGUGCGUCUCUUCCCAAAACCCGCCGUGUUCCCUCUGUGCCAGGAACAUGCUCCGGGCGCUCCGUGCUGGCUGCUCCCUGUGUGUGUGUGUCAUCUGUCCCAGCCCAUACGCGCGGUUCUAUCCCAGGAAAGAAGGGGGAAGCUCUAAAUGGUCCGGAUUAGUUCUGUUUCGGGGCUAUGUGCGUAAUCUUCUGGCGGCUUUUAUGUUUCCCGGGGGAAACUUGGAGAACAAUUGUUUCUUUCCACGCUGUACUUUUGCUCCCAAGUUAAAAAUAGGAUCAUUAGCCUGGAGACUUAAGGGUAGAGUGUACUGGAGGCGAGGCACAAAUUCCUUAAAUAGGCGGAACAAAAAUAAAAAUGAUUUUGUGAAGCUAAAACAAUAGUUUGCAAUCUUUCUGCAGUUUUCCCAGAGGUUUUUUUUAUCAUCUGAAGACUGAAUAUGGACCCUGAAACUGAGAUAAAGAAGCAAGUAAACCCUUUCUACUGCAAUAUUUGCAAAAUCUGGUGUGCUUCUGCAUUAAACUUGCAGACUCACUUCCUUGGAUUCAAACACAAGACGGUUGAAGAAGCACUGAAAGCUCAUGGCAUUGUUAAAACACCCAGUGGCUCUGGGAAGCAAGUGAAAACACCUGUAAAACUUCCUGAUUAUGUGCGAACUGAGCCAGAGAGGUUUCAUGGACAGACAUUGGAAGAACAGCUUAAUACAUGUAAAGAUUCAGAACCUGCACUCGGUCUUAAUUAUAUAAUAGAGUACCGAUCAAAAGACAAUUUUCCUUUCCUCUAUGAAUGUCAACUGUGCUACUGUAAGACGGGACUGAAUAACAUGUUCAUGCAUGUUUGUGGUUCCAAGCAUAGACUGGCAUACCUGAAACAACAUUAUCCUGAGAUAGCAGAAUCUGAUGAAAUUAAGGGUAAAGGCUCUGAACUGAACAGAAAAGUUAGGCAAGUCGCAUUAACAAUUGAGAAGAAAGAAGGAAGAAAACAAAUAAAGGUCGUUACAGACGCUCCAACAAUGAGGAGGAGAUGGCAAGAAUAUUCUAAUGCAGAUGACAGCCCUUCAAAAGCUAAAGUUCAGCAUGUGGAUGCAUCGGUUAGUAAUGCAGAAAAAGCAGACAGUAAAAUUACAGAUGGGAAACUGCCAGACUCUAUUCAAGAUGGAAAUAAUGUUCAAGAGGAGAAGGAAAAAAGUCAGAAAGGACAAGCAAAACCAGAUGAGAAGGUUGAACCUAAUAAGGAUAUUGAAAGCAGCAAAGGCAACAACUCAGAAAGGUGUGAAACCAAUAAACAAUUGCAGGAAGAAAACAAAGGAGUUGAGCAACAACUUACAGCAAAUCCUGAAGAAUUCACUAGUCAAGAAGAACUUUUGGGUUAUUUGCAAAGUUUUGAGAUACUGAAUGAAGAUGAUGCUUCAUUUAUCCUGAAAGUUACACAAACUCUUACAGAUGCACUGGUGGAAUAUCGUCAGCAGAGUGCAUCAAACAAAGACCUCUUAGAUGCUGAAUAUAAUGGAGAAGCAUCAUUGGAAUGUUCCACAGAACAGUCUGACCUGACUUCAGCAGAUGUUAGUGACUCUGAUACUGACUAUUCAAGCAGCCGAUCAGCUAAGCAGUCCUUACCAGUAAAUGGAGAAGAUGAACCCCCAAACUUUUCAACUGGCUCCUCAGACACAGCAUAUGAGAACAACGUCACGACUGAAUUUUUGAACAGUGUGAGAAAUAUGAAUGUUGAGGAAGUUACUGCUACUCUACACAAAAUAGCAGCAGCAAAUCCAGCUUUCAGAGGAAUUGAUAUUCCGAAUGUUAUAAGGAUCCUGGCUGAAAGUGGAACUUUGAGGAGGCCAAGCAACGGCAGCACACAGUGACAUGGUGAUUAACAGAGUUAAUAUAGCAAUGUUUACUUUCUGAGUUAUCAGCAGAAUUAACUACUGCAGUCAGCAGUACGGAUUAAUCCUACAACAUAUACUCAGAAGUUAUUCCCUGUGGCUGCUGAGCCUCAAAAUCUUUUGUAAUCAAAACCCCUCUCCCCCUAUAAGUGUUAUGAAUAGGUCUCCACUUUUUUUAAAAAUAAAGAUUAAAAAUAAUAAUAAAAAGUCAGUGCUGUCAGUCUAGUUCUGAGUUGAGAAGUGCUUGGAUUAUGGCAAAUUUAGGGAGCCCAGAUAAAGCCUGGAAGCUUUAACAAAGUCAAAAGAAGUUGGCUAUGCUUGAAAAUUCAUGACUAUGUACCAAGAGAUCCAACUAGACUCUGGUUAAGAGGCACUGAUGUGGUAGCAAAAGUAUCUUCUGUCUUCUUUCAUUCCACCAGUAGGAGAAAGAAAUGAAAGCUGGGUUAUUCUGUCCUUCAGGCUCUUAACGUGAGCUUUUUUCCAACUAAAGUACUAGUGGUUUUGACUGAAUGUAAAGGUCUAUGUAUUAAUGGCUUCUACUUUUGUAGGUGGUGAAAAAAAGUUUUGGAUGGUUAUAAAUUAGUGCUUAAGAAAAAAAAUAUUUUUUUUGAAGUUAAAUUGUGUAAUUAAAAUUUGCUUCCUGCUUGUGAUGUUGGGUAGCAUUCAGUGGUUCUAAU